AUGUGGCCUUGCGACAACCCUGAGCCUGAGCAGGCGAACAAGAGUACUCAAACAUCCCCAGAUGUAUCUUCAAAAUGGGGGCAAGUUACUGUUGCUUGUAUGGAUCAUAAGGCUAUAUGUGAUGAGGUUGAAUGGCUUCGUCAGCGACUCAAAACUGCAGAAGCAGAACUAGGGUUCUUUCAAAAGGGUCGGCUUCUUGCAGAGGAGCAGUCUCGUCAACGAGGCGAGCUGCUCGAAAAUGCUGUUCGAGAAACGAAAGUAGCCAGAAAAGAGAACCGAAUCCUCAUGACUAAAAUAGCAAGCCUACAAGCUGGGAUUGAUAACUUCUCUGACGAAGAAGCUAAAAAGGAGAUGUUUUUACUCUAUCAAGACCUUACGCACUGGAGGUUUACUCAUUUUGCAGCAAAGCCAACACAACAAAGCAACAACGCCACGCCAAGAUCAGAUAUCCUCGAUAUCUCGACAUUGGAUAUCAUCCAAUCCGACAUUGCCGCGCUAAUUUAUCAGUCGUUUUGGAACCGAUUUAUGGUUGGAUCUGAGCCACUUUGGAGUAAUUAUCUCUUCAAGGUCGACUCCGAAAUUGAUAAACAAGUUUCUAACCACAUUUCCCGGCAUUGGAGAUGUGCGAUGAGCACUGCCGUCUUAUCAUUGGGGGCCCCAACUUUACAAGAACAGUGCAACUGGAUCAUCGAGAAGGUAGAAGCCUGCUUUGGUCGCUAUGCUGUCACCGACCGACCAAAACGAAUGAAACAGCUACACGACAUUAUUGCACGCUGUAUCAAGUUCAAACAUAAAUUGGAUUUUCAGGAAGACAGAUACAUAUUCUGGGGUAGUUACCAAUAUGGGUUGCCGUUCCGGGAUGAGAAAAUGCGCACCCUCACAGAGGAGGAGAGCUCGGAUGGAUUCGUUCAGGCUAGCCUGUGGCCUGGUUUAUUUAAGAUCGUUGAAAAGGGCGAAUGGUCUGUUGUUGAAAAGGAGAUUGUGAAAAAGAUUCCCCCAGUGACCCCUUCGGUUGAUAUGAGCGAUGAAAUGGAAUCCCACGAAGGUGAUCCAGACUUGGAUGAGAUUUAA